GGCAGACUCUGACGUUGCAACGCAGGUUUUGAGGGCUGAGCAGGCCGGGGGCCCAGUGCUGCUGCUGCAGGUUGUCCGGUAGGGUGCCUGUCGAGCUACAAACAUGCUGUUGAUGUCAGGAGCAGAGCGGGGAAACGUGAGGAAUGGCUGAAAACUGACGGUACCCUCCUGCAAGGAAACAAACCAGGACGCAAAACAUUGUCCGGUGUGAGUUUAGCCGAACGUUUUCCACCGCUACAGACUCAACCUCUCUUCCAGCGACGCACGACGGCGCGUUGCUAGUUACUAUUAAUGUUUUUGCUAUUUAAUGGGACAACGAAAACGCAAAAAAACGCAAGGUACCCUGCCGCUCCUGCUACUUUAAGGACAAAUGCGAUAAAAGCGGGGCUGAGAAAUGCUUCGCUCUGAGGUAACUCGCUCGUCUUCGUUUGGGUUUUAAGCUGGUUCCGGAGCUCGCGUGCAUCUUUUUUCGUCGAGCUCGUGAAUGAACGUUAGAUACGGCUGGGCUUCAUCUGUUCGUGCCUUAGCCGACCGACCACAUGAGAAGUCGACGUGCGGAGUAGACUCAAACCACAAACAAAGGCACCCGUUUUUAUUCCCCACCGCUCCCACCUGAAGAAACGACGAGAAAAUGCGUGUGGAUUUGUUUUGGAUGUGUUUGUGGUGUUUAAUUCGCCACAGUGUCUCCGGUCAAGGGCAGUCAACGGCCGUAUGCUCGCCCUCAUGCAGCUGCGAUGAAGAUGGGGGAGCAGACUGCUCCGGGAGAGGACUAACCACCGUCCCGACCGGGCUCGGGACUUUCACCUACUACCUUGACCUGAGUAUGAACAACAUCACUGAGCUACCAGCGUCUGUGUUCAAGAACUUUCCUUAUCUGGAAGAACUACGACUUGCUGGGAAUGACCUGACAUUCAUCCACUCUGACGCCCUGUCUGGACUGCAUCAACUCAAAGUCCUAAUGCUCCAGAAUAAUCAGCUGAAAUCUGUUCCCAGUGCAGCACUCAAAAACCUUCAGUCACUCCAGUCUCUUCGCUUGGAUGCAAACCACAUUUCAGCAGUUCCAGAAGACAGUUUUGAAGGGCUUCAGCAACUGCGCCACCUUUGGCUGGAUGAUAACCACCUGACUGAAGUCCCUGUUGGUUCUUUGAGACACCAGGAAAACCUUCAGGCUCUGACACUGGCACUCAACCGCAUCCUGUUCAUACCAGACAACGCCUUUGCAAACCUCACAAGUCUGGUUGUGCUGCAUCUUCAUAACAACAGAAUUAAGGAGAUAGGAGACAACUGUUUUGCUGGACUGGUGAACCUGGAGACCCUAGAUCUUAACUUCAACAACCUGAUGGAGUUUCCCAAAGCGAUACAGGCUUUGUCCAAACUAAAGGAGCUCGGGUUCCACAGCAACAAUAUUGCUUCCAUACCUGAAGGGGCCUUCCACAACAACCCUCUGCUACGGACCAUACAUCUCUAUGACAACCCCCUAUCGUUUGUGGGUGCCUCGGCUUUCCAGAACCUUUCAGACCUGCACUCUCUGAUGUUGCGUGGAGCCAGUAUGAUGCAGGACUUCCCCAUCCUUACGUGGACUAAUAAUCUGGAGAGUCUAACCCUCUCGGGAACCAAGAUAUCAUCCAUACCUUCAGACUUGUGUGAAGAUCUCAAGUUGCUCCGGACGCUUGAUCUGUCCUACAAUGAGAUAAAAGAGCUGCCGUCCUUCCAGGGCUGCAGCCUCCUGCAGGAGAUAAGCAUUCAGCACAACAAAAUUCAACAGAUCGACAGGGACACUUUCCGAGGUCUCUUUGCUCUCCGAUUGCUAGACGUGAGCAGGAAUGAAAUCCAAACGAUCCACAAAGAUGCUUUCCUCACCCUAACUUCACUCGCCAACGUAGAUCUGAGUAUGAACUCACUGACUGGGAUUCCAACAGCUGGGCUGAGCGCCGUCAGUCAGCUAAAACUUUCAGGGAAUCCUUGGAUGAAAAAUGUGCUCAGUGCAAAAAGCCUGCCAAAACUCAGGUCCCUCUCUGUCCCUUACGCCUACCAGUGUUGUGCUUUCGUUGGAUCUGAGGAAACUCACAUGAAGAAAUACACAGGUGGAGACGAUGGGGAACAAAUCUCUAUGAUUUUGCAUUGUUCUCCUUCACCAGGAGCUUUUAAGCCUUGUGAGCACCUCCUGGGUAACUGGAUGAUUCGCCUGACUGUUUGGUUCAUCUGCCUGGUGUCGCUGGUCUUUAACAGCCUGGUUCUGGUGGCCACCUUCUCUCCUGUUCACCGGGCAGCGGGUCGUUCGCACUACCUGUCUCCGUCUCUCUCCCCAGCCCGGCUCCUGAUGGGCCUUCUAGCCCUGGCCAACCUGCUCACAGGCUUAUACGUGGGCGUGCUGACCGUGCUCGACGCUGCUACGUGGGGCUCCUUCGCAGAGUUCGGGGUGUGGUGGGAGACGGGCCCCGGCUGUCGGAUCACAGGAGCGCUCGCUGUGUUUUCCUCAGAGUGGUCAGUCUUGUUGCUGUCGCUGGCGGCCGUGGAGCGAAGCAUCGCCGUGCGGAUGAUUCUGGGUAAAGCGGUGAUUUCUUCCAGGAGGAGCGGCAGCAACCAUCGCAGAUGUUUGAGAGGAAACCGACGCUUCAGCCUGGCAGCGGCGCUGCUGGGGCUGCUGGCUGCUGCUGGAGCCUGCCUUCCUUUGCUGUCCUUCAGCGAUCAGUCCUCGUCCCCUUUGUGCCUGCCGUUUGCCGGAGGGGAGAGUCCAGCUUUGAGUGUCACUGUCAUUCUGGUUCUGCUCAACGCUCUGGUCUACCUGUUCACAGCUGCAGUCUAUACCCAGCUGUACUGCCGCCUCGGCAGGGUGGAGCUGGCAGAUCCGGGACAAACAGGCGCCCUGCGUCAUGUAGCCUGGCUCAUCUUCACCAACUGCAUCUUCUUCUGUCCGGUGGCGGCUUUCUCCUUCACGCCUCUCCUAACUGGCUCUUCGGCCGGCGGCCCAGAGAUCGCUAAGUCUGUCACGUUGAUCUUCUUUCCGCUGCCUGCGUGCCUCAACCCGGUGCUGUACGUGUUUUUCAGCCCGGCUUUUAGAGAGGACUGGUUGAGGCUACGCGGCCGUGGAGGUUUAAGCCGGCAGAUGAAGCCAGGAGCAGAAAGUCAUCGUGAUGAUGGCGGCGGCGGUUCAGAGCUCACAGACGAAGGCUCCUCCGCCUACCUGACCUAUGACUGUGGCGUGUACUCGCAGCUGUGUGGAGAGACAGUGUGUGAACAGUGCGAGGCGGCGCUGCGAGCCCAGACCUGCUCUUCCCCCUCAUCUUCCACAGUCUGCAGACAUUUGAUUAAGUCUCACAGCUGUCCCACCCUCCUGGCGGGAGCGGCCGUUUGCCAGCGCACCGAGGGGUUCUGGGCAGACAGCGGCACACCCUCAGCCCAGUCGGAGUGCGCCGAUGAGGGGGACUCCUUUGUGUCGGACAGUUCGGAUCAGGUCCAAGCCUGCGGCAGAGCCUGCUUCUGCCAGAGCAGAGGACUUCCUCUGGUCCACUACUCAUACAACUUACCUCAAGCCAAGGACUAAGGAGGCCAGACCGCUCCGUCAUGUGAAUUUAGAUUCUCCAAGAUUAACUAUAUUUUUAUAUAUCAAGUCAAAAAUGUGCCAACUGUCCUGCAAUUCAUCAAGCACUUACGUGUUAAUUACUGUUAACAAACACAAUAGCUGAUCACUUAAAGGGAAGUGGGCUUGUAGAGCUGAGUAAUCAUAUUUAAAUGGAAUGAACUAGAGGUUGAAACCGCUCCAGAAAAGGAAAACCCGGCCAUCGGUGCCGCCUGCUCACCCGUCUCUUUGAGUCUGUCGUCUGUACUCAUAAGCCUUUUAAAUGCAUUACCUGUCAAAUUUGAAAGUUUCAUCACAGAAGCUUGAUUUUAUACUUUGAUUUAUUUUUAUUUUUACAUCUAUAAAUGUAGCAAAUGUAAUGAUCACUCUAGACUUUGUAUGAAUGUAAGUUUAAGGUGGACUUCACCCAGUGGGUAAAAUAAUCCGACGUCAGCGUUUCUCCUACAUGUGAUAAUCGCUGCUGACGUGGUCUGUAGUAAACAUGUUUGUGAUUUAGAGUUCCUGAGACUAAGAAUGUGAUACAAGUAGCUGGCAUCACUGUUUAACGGAAACUGUUAUUUAUUGUUCGGUUGGAGAUGAUUUCAGGUGAAAGAGGUGGUGUCUGAAUGAUACAUCCACAAAUCACAGCGCAAGUUUUCACAGAGAGCGUGUCUCUCUUUAUUUAUGACUCGUCAUGUUUCUGUGUGCAGUUCUAUAUGCAUGAUGGUAACAAAAUAGGAGAAAAAGGCCUGAGACAAACUUAAUUAGCUAAGUAUCUACGUUUCCUUUCAACUCUUGCUAAAUGUUUUCCGUUUAGUACAUUUUUCUUUCUAACGUUGGUUUGGUGAAGGAGCAUUCUAGAUCUGCGACGUAAAUAAAGCUAGCUGUGUUUUCAUCCUGAGAGCCGACCCUGGGUCAGACUGACGGAUGUUCGGAGCGCUGGAGCAUGACUGCACACUUUGAGGCGGUUCUGCCCUCGGAGCAUGUAUGUGCACGUCUUCAGGAAUUCAGAUGACGUAGGAAACGUUUUAACAGACAGGUUCUCUUUUUAGGUUGACUUCAUUUGAAAGGUGUCUUGGUACAACCUAAAUGUCUGGUGUCCAAAUCGGUGAACAAUGUACAAACAGCUUUGAUUGAGUAUUCUUUUUUAUGUAAAUUAUUUGAAAAGAAAACAAGGACUGGAGAGUGGGAUGCUAACUUAGGAAGCUACCUCCUGGAGUGUAGCGGCUGCCAGCAGUGCUUUAGAAGAGCAUUUCUGUUUGUUGGUCCUUGGCUUUAUGUUGAAAUAUGAGGCCGGACAUCAUUUUGGUUCUGUUCAAAUUCUGGGAGGAAUCUAUGUACUGUAUACUGUGAUUUAUUUUUUUAACCAAGCCCUAAACUAUGAAUUUUUUUUGUUGUAACUUUUAUAAAUACAGAAUUGCAGAAUAUGUAUUAUAUAAAAUAUUUCAAAGAAAAUUUCAGUUUGAAUUCAGUCUUGUGUAGUUUUUGUGUCAAAUAUGUCAUUGUUUUCUGUUCAAGUAGAAAAUCUAUUCUUUUUAUUUGUGAAUGAAUAAAAUUGAAAGAAUGUAAACAUUGUGCUGAUCUUGGUACAGCUUAAUGGACGCUCUAUUAAUGUUACUUGGUGCAUUAUUAAGCAUUAAUAAACAAAUGGUCCUUUUAUUAACA